GCAGCUCAAAAUCCGGAAAUUGAAUUAACCGAAGGCGGGAACUACUAUAUAUAUACCGUCUGUACUCUGUAUCUCACUCACUCUCUCUCUCUCUCUCUCUCUCACACACACACACACACACACAGUCAACUCAGUUCAAUUCAACUGAAUUUGAAAUUAGAAUCAAAACAAUGGCGAACAUAUGCGUAUGUGCGAGAUUCCGACCUGCAAAUUCAAAGGAAGACGGUGAAUCUAUUUGCAUUUCACGCUCUGAUUCUCAUUCGUUCACUCUCAAGGAUGAAAAGGAUGAACAGUAUAUAUUCAGCUUCGAUAAAGUGUUCUAUGAUGAUUCCGAACAAUCCGACGUCUACGAUUUCUUAGCUCGGCCUAUUGUUACCGAUGCUCUGAAUGCAAUUAAUGGCACUAUCAUCACAUAUGGACAGACAGGAGCAGGGAAGACUUAUACAAUGGAGGGAGGAAACAUUCUGGAAACAGACAACCGAAAGAAAGGAUUGCUACCUAGAGUGGUGGAUGAACUAUUUGAGGCUAUAAACCUCAUUGGUGAAGCAACCGCUUAUAAAAUCAAACUGUCAAUGGUAGAGAUUUAUAUGGAAAGAGUAAGAGACCUGUUUGACUUGUCUAAGGACAAUAUUAAGGUGAAAGAGCAUAAAGGACAUGGGAUUAUGCUGUGUGGGGUGACAGAAAUCUUGAUAUCGAAUGGUGAAGAAGCAUUAAAGUUCCUAUCUAGUGGGGUAGCAAACAGAGCAGUUGGAGAGACUCAAAUGAACAUGGCAAGCAGUAGAAGUCAUUGCAUCUACAUAUUUACUGUUCAGAAAGAAGCGACAAAUGAGAAAAGGGUGAGCACUGGGAAGCUUGUUCUUGUGGACUUGGCGGGAUCUGAAAAGGCUGAGAAGACAGGUGCAGAGGGGAGAGUUCUUGAAGAAGCCAAAACCAUUAACAAAUCACUUUCUGCACUUGGAAAUGUCAUCAAUGCUUUGACUUCCAGUCAACAGGGCAAAGCACAUCACAUCCCCUAUCGUGAUUCAAAGCUUACUCGGAUACUUCAGGAUGCUCUUGGAGGAAGCUCUCAUACUGCAUUGCUUUGCUGUUGCUCACCGAGUCUUUGCAAUUCAUCAGAGAGUCUAUCUAGUCUACGAUUUGGAGCAAGAGCUAAGCAUGUAAAGGCAUCGUUGCGCACCAUUUGCAAGGAAGACAUGCUUGACCGGAAACAGGAGACAUCAUCGUCUCUGGAUGAUGUGCAGCUGAAAUCAGUUGUCCCGCAUCACCAGAGAAUUCUAAAAAAGUUAAGAGAGAAGUUGGAUGCUGAGACAGUGAAUAUGAUAGAGGAGGAGUUUCUUUUGGACGGACUCGUUUCUGAUCCCAGUUCAAGUGAGGAGGUGAAUUCAAGCCAAGAAGAACUUAUUACUUCAGAAACAAUAUCCGCAUGGAAGGAAGCAACAGAUAAGCUUGUUACAACUAUUGUUGAGCUAAGGAGAGAAAAGGAGAGAUUGAUGCACGAGUACGGAUUGAUGGAGAUGAAGACCGAGAUAUUGGAGCAACUCACCAAGACACUCAAGGCAAAAUUAAAGAAAUCAGAUGCUUACUCGCUCCUGGUUCAAGGCUUAUUUUAUUUUGCUGUAGUCUGCAUGUAUUGUGUUCUUCUCAUUUCUUGUUAUACAUGCGACGGGUAAUAACUAAUAAGUUGAUGUUACCAACAUUAAAUGGUAUCACUGAGUAUGUCAUAUGGAUUAAUCACGUCUUUCUACAUAAUAGAUACAUACAUAUAUGCCUUGUGGCUUAUGGAACUCGUGUUGUGUACAGAGAGAUAUCAUGAUAAGAUAUAUACAAAAAUAUAUAUAAUAUAAA